AUGAUGCGAUUGGUCACAUCUCCAUUCUGUCCAAUUCUCAUUGGACGUUAUAAUCCUCCCUUCCUCCACUUUGCUCCCUAUUCUAUUAUUGGAGGUAAAGGACCAUUGGCUCGAUCACGAAAGGCUCAACAAUCCAGUGGCCAUGACGCGAGCAAAUGUGUGGACUUAGCACUCAAUCGUUUCGCAGUAAUUGGUGGUGGAAAUAUGGCAGAAGCUAUGAUUACAGGUGUACUUAAUGAAGGUCUUCUUCCUAAUUCCAAGGUUGUUGUAUCCGAUCCAAAUCCUGUUAUUCGUACAAAGUACGAAAAAUAUCACAUAGAGACGCAUACACGCAAUAGCUUGGCAGUGAAAGAUGCCGACGUUAUUUUAGUUGCAGUAAAGCCUCAAGUGGUUAAUGAUGUGCUAGAAGCUAUCAAGACGUCCAUGAAUCCAGAUGCCUUGGUGGUUUCUGUGGUAGCAGGACAGAGCAUUAAACAAUUACAGACGGUGCUGGGUCCAACUAGCCAUAUUAUCCGUACAAUGCCAAAUACACCAGCUAUGAUUGGAGAAGGCACAACUGUAUGGGCGCAAUCGGCUGAAGUCACGAGUUUGCAGCAUGAACUGACAAAACAAAUCCUUGGAUCUUUUGGUGUGGAGGUGUUUGUAGACGAUGAAAAUGCAUUGGAUAUGGCAACGGCAUUGUCUGGAUCUGGACCUGCCUACUUUUUCCUUGUUGCUGAAGCGAUGAUUGAUACUGGUGUGCACAUGGGGUUUUCUCGUCCAGUAGCAACGAAAUUGGUGCAGCAAACAAUGCUUGGAUCAGCACUUUACAUGCAAGCCGAGAAUGUACAUCCAGUCGAGUUACGGAACAAGAUCACAAGUCCCGGUGGUACUACCGCUGCUGGUUUAUACCGUGCAGAAAAGAACGGGUUUCGUGCUGUUAUUGCUGACUCCAUCUGGGCUGCCUAUGAACGAUGUCUUGAGCUUGGAUCACCUGAACCAAUUCAACGUCAACGUCCACGUUCUUAA